UUGGAAUUAAUUUGCGCUAUUGUGCCACAGUUAGUUUGUAUUUUUACUGUCUCCCAAAAUCGUAAUUGCUUCUGAAGUAAAGCAUCUGAACAUACUGUUCAGAAAACCUUUUGUGGUGAAAAUCUGCUGAUAUAUUUGUUAUCAAUACCUUUUGACUCUCACAACGAAGGUUUAAAGCAUCAUUUGUCAUUUGAUUUGUUGAGUGAUUCAGAGGAUCUCUGUGGAUGAUUUUUGUAAAAUAAUGGCAGCGCAAGCAACAAGCCAGGACAUUAUAACCUCGCCUGAUCCAAGAAAAGAAUUUCGUCCAACUCCUUUUCUAAAUGAAGCUCUUGUAAAAAUCCUAAGUGGAAACUUGCUGGGACAUGAAAAAGCUAAAGCUGCACGGAAGUCACCAUCCAUUUCACCCAGGUUAUCUCCUAAUAUUUCACCCAGAAAUUCACCACGACUUCUGCGAAGAAUGAUGUUGAAUAAAAAUCAAAAGAAACGUCGUUUUACGGUGGCUCAUACCUGUUUUGACGUGGACAAUGGCACAUCCUCAGGACGGAGUCCCUUAGAUCCGAUGACGAGUCCUGGCUCAGGGCUCAUUCUACAGGCAAACUUUGUGCAUAGUCAGCGGCGGGAGUCUUUCCUGUACCGAUCUGACAGUGACUAUGACCUGUCUCCAAAGUCUAUGUCGAGGAACUCCUCCAUUGCAAGUGAUAUCCAUGGAGAUGACCUAAUAGUGACCCCUUUUGCACAGGUGCUAGCAAGCCUGCGCACUGUAAGGAACAAUUUUGCCACUCUAACCAACUUGCAAGAACGAGCAUCCAGUAGCAAGCGCUCACCAAUGUGUAACCAACCACCAAUGAAUAAGCCAAGUUUUACAGAAGAGGCCUACCAAAAACUUGCAACAGAGACCCUGGAGGAGCUUGACUGGUGCCUGGACCAGCUGGAGACUCUGCAGACCAGGAAUUCUGUCAGUGAGAUGGCCUCCAACAAGGAAUCAACCUGAAUCAUA